AUGGCUGUACUGAACAAAGCAAUCAAAGUUAAAGGAGAUGAAAUGAAUGAAGAAGAAGCAAUUAAGUUGUUCCAAACUAAACGUUUAAUUAAGAACAUUGAACAAGCCCGAGGAGAUGGUACAUCAAUGAUUACUCUUAUUAUGAAACCAAUGGAACAAAUCUCUAAAAUGAUGCAAAAAUUAGUUGAAGAAUAUGGAACUGCAACUAACAUUAAAUCACGUGUCAACAGACAAUCCGUUCUUACUGCAAUUACAUCAACUCAAAAUCGAUUGAAGUUAUAUCAUGUAGUCCCACCAAAUGGACUUAUUAUUUAUUGUGGAUCAGUUUAUACUGAAAAAGGAGAAAAGUUAUUAUGUAUUGAUUUUGAACCACCUAAACCAAUUAAUACAUCGACAUAUCUUUGUGAUAACCGAUUCCAUACUGAAGCUCUUAAUGACUUACUUCAAAAUGACGAUAAAUAUGGAUUUAUUAUUAUGGAUGGUAAUGGUACUUUAUUUGGUACUCUUCAAGGAAAUACUCGUACUGUUCUUCAAAAGAUUACCGUUGAAUUACCAAAGAAACAUGGUAGAGGAGGACAAUCAUCUGUUCGUUUUGCUCGUUUAAGACUUGAAAAAAGACAUAAUUAUGUACGUCAAGUAGGUGAAUUAGCUGUACAAAAUUUUAUCACUGAUGAUAGACCAAAUGUGUGUGGACUUAUUCUUGCUGGUAUUGCAGAUUUUAAAACUGUCUUAAACAAAUCAAUGUUAUUUGAUCAAAGACUUCAAGCAAUUGUAUUGAAUAUUGUUGAUGUGUCUUAUGGAGGAAUGAAUGGAUUUAAUCAAGCUAUUGAACUUUCUGCUGAAACAUUAAGAAAUGUUAAAUUUGUUGCUGAAAAAGAUUUGAUUAAUUCUUUCAUGGAUAAUAUUAAAAUGGAUACUGGUAAAUUUGUUUUUGGAGUUCAAGAAACAUUAAAAGCAUUAGAAAUGGGAGCUGUAGAAAAAUUAAUUGUUUGGGAAAAUCUUCCUACUAUUAGAAUUGAAUUAAAACAUCCACAAACUGAUGAACGAAAAGUUCUUUAUUUAAAGAAAGAAUCAGAGGCUGCAGAAAAUGGAGUUAUAAAAGAUCCAGAAACUGGAGUUGACUUCCAAUUAGUAGAGAGUGAAUCAUUUGUUGAUUGGUUAUCAAAACAUUAUAAAGAAUUUGGAGCUCAUCUUGAAUUUGUUACAGAUAAAUCUCAAGAAGGUGCUCAAUUUGCAAAAGGAUUUGGAGGUAUUGGAGGUAUUUUAAGAUACCAAUUAAGUAUGGAUGAACUUGAUGAUAAUUUCAAUAUGAAUGAAGAAUUUGAACAUGAAGAAGAUGAUGACGAUGAUAUUUUUGGAGAUGAAGCAGAUCAUUUCCAAGAUUUUGAUGAUGAAUUUGGUUUGUAA